CCCAGAGUCCUUUGCGUCAUCAGCUACGAUAGCAGAACAACAAUGGCGGAUGCUUCGGUGGAUGUCGUCGAGGGCUGUCGGCUUCCUGUCCUCCGAAAAAAUCAGGAAAACGAAGACGAGUGGCCUUUGGCUGAAAUUCUCAGUGUCAAAGAUAUCCCUGGGAAAAAGCUCUACUACGUCCACUACAUCGACUUCAACAAGCGUCUGGAUGAAUGGGUCACACCAGAGCGACUGGAUUUGAAGAAGCUUCAAUUCCCCAAGAAAGAGGCUAAGACCCCUACUAAGAAUGGUCUGUCUGGAUCUCGGCCAAGUUCCCCGGAGAGAGAAGUGGUAAGACCUGCCAGACCUGGACCCCAUCCUCCAGCUACAGUCCCAACUGUAACUCCAGCUCCUCCUCACCAAACUACACAGACUCAACCACAGAGGAAGAGUCUAGAAAUCAACGUUCCAACAACUACAGCUCCCUCCAGAGGCAAAACCCUCCCUACACCGAAGAGAAAAGCAGAGCCAGUCUCCUUGACGUCACAGCCGUCCCCAGCAACAACGCCAAGUGCCACAGAGUCCCCCCAGACCUACCCACCCGUGAGGGAAGCCUUCACUCCCAAAUCAACUAACCGGGAAGAGCACGAACCGCUCGCAACAGUACCGUGUCUAGCAAAUGGAACCACGCGUCGCCUCAUCCCUUCUCAGCCAGGGAGGAAGAGGAAAGCCAACUGUGGGGGCACUGAUGAGAUUAUAAAGGUUUUCCAGUAUAACAGCCCUCGAUGCCCCAGUGUCUUUCUGCCAUCAGGAGAGGAUUCCCAAGACAGCACGGACGGGAUCCCUUCGGCGCCACGCAUGACGGGCAGCUUGGUGUCGGACCGCAGCCACGACGACAUCGUCACGCGUAUGAAGAACAUCGACUGCAUCGAGCUGGGCCGGCACCGACUCAAACCCUGGUACUUCUCGCCCUACCCGCAGGAGCUCACCGCCCUCCCUAUCCUCUACCUCUGCGAGUUCUGCCUCAAGUACCUCAAGAGCCUUAAGUGUCUCCAGAGACACCUGACAAAGUGCAACCUUCGCCACCCUCCAGGAAAUGAGAUUUACCGUAAAGGGACCAUCUCCUUUUUUGAAAUUGAUGGCAGGAAAAACAAGACAUACUCCCAGAACCUGUGUUUGCUUGCCAAGUGCUUCCUGGACCACAAAACCCUCUACUACGACACAGACCCAUUCCUGUUCUAUGUAAUGACUGAGUAUGACUCCAAAGGCUUCCACAUAGUGGGAUAUUUUUCUAAGGAGAAAGAGUCAACAGAAGAUUACAAUGUGGCAUGUAUUCUGACAUUACCACCAUACCAGAGAAGAGGCUAUGGGAAGUUGCUCAUAGAGUUCAGCUAUGAGCUGUCGAAGGUGGAGGGGAAGACUGGCACCCCGGAAAAGCCGCUGUCUGACCUGGGCUUGCUGUCCUACCGCUCCUACUGGUCUCAAACCAUUCUGGAAAUACUCAUGGACCUCAAGUCUGAAAACGGCGAGAGGCCACAGAUCACCAUCAAUGAGAUCAGUGAAAUAACCAGCGUUAAGAAGGAGGAUGUCAUAUCAACCCUUCAAUACCUCAAUCUCAUCAAUUACUACAAGGGUCAGUACAUCCUGACUCUGUCUGAGGACAUCGUGGAAGGACACGAGCGAGCCAUGCAGAAGCGUCACCUGCGCAUCGACCCCAAAUGCCUGCAUUUCACCCCCAAAGACUGGAGCAAGAGAGGGAAGUGGUGAUUCACGCCACAGGCACAAAAACACCACAUCAUCCAAAAUGCAUUUACCUUCACGCACAUUAGUCCUCCACAACCCUUGUGGGAUUGUCAUUUGUACAAAAAAAAUCACAUAUCCAGCAGACCGUGACUAAAGCAUCCGUUUAGUGUUCAGAUGUAUUCGUACAUUUAAAAUUGUUUCUUUGUACAGGAUUUUUUGAAUAACUUUGUGCUGAACAAAACUGGCCGUUUCUCCUUUUAAAAAGCCAUGAUAUACUGUUACAAGAAUGUAAAUUUGGGUACUUGUACAGAUGUUUGUCUUUUUUAUCUGAAUGUAAACUAUGGUAAUACUCUGGCACAAUGGCUGUGCCCAUUUUAAAUUAGACAAUUUUCUGUAAAACUGUGUAUUAAUCUUUAUAGUUGUAAAUGUGAACUAGGAACCGAAUCAUGUUUUCACCCUAAUAAAUGUAUAGUCAUUGAAAUGUCA